CAGGGAGACGUUAUUUAAAAAAUCUGACGUGUCAUGCAAUCAGGGACCAAACCAUACUCAUAAAUGGGAUUGCGUUGAAGCUUUGUCUCUCUUCUCUCUGUUUCUGUCUCUGUCUCUGUCUCUCCAUUUUCAGUUCAGUUUGUUAUACUUGAAACUAAUUUCAAUCUUUGAUUCUAUCUCUCAUGGCUUUGUGCAUGAGGAAAUCACCAAAACUUAUCAACCAUCUAAAAUACAGGAUGGGUUUGUUUGAUAUGAUCACCCCCAGUUCUUGGAAUUCUACUUCAUCCCAUCAUCAAGAAUUUCCAGUUACAGCUCCAAUUGCUCAUAAUCUAGGAAACCCAGAUGCAGAUUUGAGUGUCAAAGCAACUCUUUUCUCUGCUUGUCGUUUCAAAUCAACCAAACCCGGAAAACAAUUGAAUUCUCUCAAUGAUGCUGAUGACAACAAGGUCUUGGAUUUUCCAGGAGGAAAGGUUAGAUUCUCUCCUAAAAUGACAUUCAUAUCUGAAUCCCCCGAGGAGCGUACACAAUGCUACAGAGUCCUUGAUGACGAUGGUCAGCUGAUUUUGGGCAGCAAUUUAGUACAGGUCGGUGAGGAACUUGCUGUAAAAAUGUACACUGACAUGAUUACACUUCAAACCAUGGACACUCUUUUUUAUGAAGCACAAAGGCAAGGAAGAAUUUCCUUUUAUCUGACCACAAUUGGAGAGGAGGCCAUCAACAUUGCAACUGCAGCAGCUCUCACUGCUGAUGACCAUGUCUUCCCUCAGGUUACAAGCACAUGCAUGCAUGUGUUCUUCCCUUACAAUCCUUCCAAGCAGUAUGCACAAACACGAGAGCCAGGAGUGCUAUUAUGGCGUGGUUUCACCCUUCAAGAAUUUGCAAAUCAGUGUUUUGUAAACAAAGCUGAUCAUGGAAAAGGCAGGCAGAUGCCUAUCCAUUAUGGCUCUAACAAGCACAAUUACUUUACUGUAGCAUCAACAAUUGCAACACAACUUCCCCAUGCUGUUGGUGCUGCAUAUGCUCUGAAGAUGGAUAGAAAAGAUGCAUGUGCAGUAACCUAUUUUGGUGAUGGUGGCUCAAGUGAGGGAGAUUUCCAUGGUGCUUUAAACUUUGCGGCGGUUUUGGAGGCCCCAGUAAUAUUUAUCUGUCGAAACAACGGAUGGGCUAUCAGCACCCCUACUUCAGACCAGUUUAGAAGUGAUGGUGUAGUUGUUAGAGGUUCUGCUUAUGGAGUCCGAAGUAUUCGUGUAGAUGGUAAUGAUGCACUUGCCAUUUAUGGUGCAGUUCAUGCUGCACGUAAAAUGGCAAUAACUGAACACAGACCAAUCUUAAUCGAGGCUCUAACAUAUCGAGUGGGACAUCACUCCACGUCUGAUGAUUCCACCAAGUAUCGUCCAGUUGAUGAGAUUGAAUGGUGGAAAUUGUCACAAGACCCAGUAACUAGAUUUAGAAAUUGGAUUGAAAGUAAAGAUUGGUGGAGCAGUGAGGCUGAGUUAGAGUUCAGAAGCAGUGUGAGGCAGCAGCUACUGCAUGCAAUUCAAGUUGCAGAAAAAGCUGAGAAACCUCCAGUGGCAGACAUUUUCACAGAUGUAUAUGAUGUUCCCCCAUCCAAUCUCCACGAGCAGGAGAAACUGCUUAGAGAGACAAUCAGAAGACACCCACGGGACUACCCAUCAGAUGUUCCUGCCUAGACUUGGACGAUUCUUUUUAUAGUUGGAAUCUACUUCCAAUAAAGGUUGAAUUUGUUCUCUUGAAUUUUUUGUUAUCACAAACAUUGUAAUUGAAAGAUUCGACGCUUGCAGUUUCAAGGGUAAUAUGCAAUUAGCCCUCUCAAAGGUAUAUUUUAUCCAAUGUUGAUACUCCAAAGAUGUGAGCUCUUGCACAUUUUGUCCGAUAUAUGAUAGUGACACAAACAGCACAUCUUUGCAACUGAAUCUGAGCAGUCUCCAACAAGACUCUUGAAGCUA